AACGAAUCUUCUUCCACAGAUUUCACUCUCCUGGGAGUUACCAGGCAGCGGGAGCAGGAAUAUUUCUUCUUCAUCCUCUUCCUGUUCAUUUAUCCCAUCACAGUGAUUGGAAACACGCUCAUCAUCCUAGCCAUUCACUCUGACACUCGCCUUCAUAAUCCCAUGUACUUCUUCCUUGCCAACCUCUCCCUGGUUGACAUCUUCUUCUCCUCUGUAACUAUCCCCAAGAUGUUGGCCAACCAUCUCCUGGGGAGCAAAGCCAUCUCUUUUGGGGGAUGUCUAGCACAGAUGUAUUUCAUGAUAGCCUUGGCAAACACAGACAGCUAUAUCCUAGCUGCAAUGGCAUAUGACCGAGCUGUGGCCAUCAGUCGCCCACUUCAUUAUGCAACAAUUAUGAGUCCACGGCCUUGUGUCCUGCUGGUUGUUGGGUCCUGGGUGAUUGGAAAUGCCAAUGCACUGCCCCACACCAUACUCACAGCUAGCUUGUCCUUCUGUGGCAACAAGGAUGUGGCCAACUUCUACUGUGACAUUACUCCUUUGCUCCAGCUGUCCUGUUCUGACAUUCACUUCAAUGUGAAGAUGAUGUACCUCGGAGUGGGGGUUUUCUCUGUGCCACUGCUGUGCAUCAUCAUCUCCUAUGUCAGGGUCUUUUCCACAGUCUUGCGGGCUCCAUCCACCAAGGGCUUCCUCAAGGCCUUGUCCACCUGUGGCUCUCACCUGACAGUGGUGUCUUUGUAUUACGGGACAGUCAUGGGCAUGUAUUUCCGGCCCCUGAACAGUUACAGUCUGAAGCAUGCAUUGAUAACUGUGAUGUACACAGCAGUGACCCCAAUGCUGAACCCUUUCAUCUACAGCCUGAGGAACAGGGACAUGAAGGCUGCGCUGAGGAAACUC